AUGGCCGACGCGCCAUCGAAGUCCAAUCCGUCCAGAAAGAGUGCCUUUUCAUGCGAAGGAUGUCGCAAGCGCAAAGAUAGAUGCCGAAUUGGUGUAAAAUGCAACGGAGCCAGUCCGUCCUGUUCGCGAUGCGCCGCACGAGGGACCCCAUGCGUCUAUAGUUUAGCUCCUACUUUGGCUUACACAAAACAGUUGGAGAGGCGAGUUGCAGAGUUAGAAGAGGCUCUGGCAAAACAUCGCAGCCAGCAGACCUCAGAUGCUGCCGCGGGAACCCCUUCAUCUGCCGCCUCAACAAACGAAAACAGCCUGAAUUCCACGAGCUCGAAUCAUAAAGAUGAUGAGAUGAGCGGUGACCAGGGCCUAUCGAGGGACUUUGAAGGGCUCAAAGUCGAACAUGAUGGACGAGUUUCUUUCCAUGGGCCCACGAGUUUAUUCCAACUUCCGAGCGGUGCAUUGAACCCAGCUGUACCGAACCCCCAGCUUGCUACGCGAGUGGGCGGUCGUAAGGAAAGGCUGGUUAAUAAUGCAUGGCGGGAGAGGGCGAUUGAGCAGAUGGCUACAAUGCCUGAACCGUUUCAAUACCUUCUUGACUCUCACUGGUGCUGGAUCCAGCCACUCUUCAACUUCGUCUACAGGCCCGUAUUCACUCGGGACAUGAAACUUAACGGCCCGUACUAUUCAGACGCUUUACUCAACGCAAUUCUGUCGCAUUCGGUACGGUGGUGUAAGGCGGAACCAAGGAUUAGUCCUCUUUUGGAACAAUAUGAAGGUGGAGCCGUGUUCUGGCAUCGUGCGGUGACAGGUCUUCAUGACUCGCUCAGAGACGGCCAUGUGGAUAUACCUACUAUCCAGACUAUGCUGCUUUUGAGUGCACGUGAAUGUGGGCAGGGGAACAGAACUCAGGCAUGGCUGUAUAGUGGAAUGGCAUUUCGAAUGCUAGAUGACCUAGGGAUCACCAUUGACAGCCGCAAGUAUUCGGACUCCGCUCAGCUGAGUGACGAGGAUAUCGAGAUCCGGAACCGGCUUUUCUGGAGCUGUUAUUUCUGGGAUAAAAUGAUGUCUCUGUACUUCGGCAGGUCUCCGACAUUGCAAAGCUCGCAAGGUUGCCCUCCGAGGACAAUCCUGGACGAUACUUCUGAGACUGAGUCAUGGACUCCCCACGGGGUUGUUUUUGCCGACGGUUCAGAAUACCCGCCUACGCAGGCCCGCUCCACGUCUUGUUUUAUAGAAAUGUGUGGUUUGAUGGAAAUUCUGAAUCAGAUUUUGGUUCAUAUUUAUGACCACAACCGUCGAAUUUCUGAGGCAGAGUUUCAUACCUGCGUUCGCGAACAAUCCCGCAACCUGAGUGGAUGGUGGGAUGAACUACCGGAGCAUCUGAAGCUCAUCCCAACAGAUCUGCCUCCAUACUCCCCUCCCAGUCACGUUGUGACAUUAAACUGUGUUUAUCAUACUAUCAACAUCCUGACUCACCGGCCUAUUCUCUGCUCGAAAUGGAGCCGUGAGGCGUACGACAAGAGCCACCUAGUUCACUGCAUGACGUCCGCAACUGCCAUCCUCUCGAUAUUUACAAUGUACCGGCGCACUUUUGGGGAUAGUCACAUCGUCCUCUCAAUCGCCUAUAGCGUGUACACGGCCGCUUCAAUUUUUCUCCUCGAGAUCCAGGCGCUGAAAUUCGCGGCUCCGGGCUCACUGGAGAAAUUGAAGAUCUGCAUCUCUGCGUUAGAAGCCGUUAGCGUUUCCAGUCCUGUGAUCACUACAGCAUUAAGCCUCAUAUACCAAGAAAUCCAACGCUUGCGUGUGGACCACAAAAUCGAACUAUCCAUUCCAGAGCGAAACGCACUACACCCUCAACCACAACAACCUUCAAUUACACAUCGCCACUCUCCCGCUGAUCAAUAUCCUCUGUCCAACAUACCCCCUACAUCUCACCCUGUCUCCACGCACCACAGAACCCCUUCUACGAUCUCUCAUGCACGCGUCGAUAUCAGCGCAUCCACAAACCAGUUCUACCCCUAUCAACCGUCCAUGUACGCGUCGGAAUUCGGUACAUCUCAUCAUGAUGUUCCGCGGUCAGCAGUAACGCACGAUUUCAACGGGUUAGCGGAACCGUUAAUGUCGCUAGAAAAUCCCGCUUCCUAUGAGUUCACUCCGGAGGUGUUUGAGGCAUUUUCGUAUGCGGAACCUAUUACGACGAAUAUGACGCCUGCGGAGGGGGGGUAUAUAGCAACUCCAGCACUAUGA